CGAAACAAUUACUGUAUAUGAAUAUUGUUUAGGGCAUCAUGAUUUUAUACGAUAAUUUUAGUUGUACGUAACUUUUUUAGUUUUUACAAAAGUUUAUAAGACAAAUUUUUAUUUGAGCUUAUGGCAUUAUGAAAAUUUUAAAAUGUCAGACAGGCACAAUGUUUUAAAUAGUUUGAAAGAGUAGAUGAACUAUAUAUGUAACACUUAAAAUUUGGAAGUCAACGCUAAUGUUUCAUCUGGAGUUCUAGAGUUUAAAUUUUAUAUACAUUUUUAUCUACUUGAUGGUUACAUUAUAAUUUAAAAUUUCAGGAACAUGGACGACUUAUUUCCCCGGGUAUUAUGCGAUGGGAUUCGGUAGAGAAAAGAUCAAAGGUCACUACAAAGUAGUGAGGAUAUCCGGUGAUCCUAACUAUAGCGACACUCUUGAUGUCAGCACUUUGGAAACCACGUCGUUACAAGGUUGAUGUGACGUAAAUCAGCUUGUGUCAAAGGAACAAUCUACUGGUUACGAAUUAAGAGUCAUGGUGUCAAGGAUUCAGUAUACUCGAUACUAGCCUUGGAUCUCCACACGGAAAAGUUCCAUUACGUUAAACAUCCGCAUCUUCCCAAAGGCAUCGUGCUUGAAGCACAGAUUGUCAACGUUGGUGAUCGUCUAGUCAUAGCCAUGUCCGAAAGGGAUUAAUCUUUUGGUGGAUUGGAGCUAGGGAUAUGGACUAUGGAUGCUUCUCAAGAAGAAACAUGGAGCAAUACUCACUCCAUAAGUUUAGGUAUCAAGCCAUACGUGGAGUCUAGGUCAUUUACGCCCUUGAGUGUAUCUAACCAAGGGAAUGUUGUCUUCUAUGACGACAAAAAGAGGUUGUUUAAAUAUUAUCAAGACACAGACCAACUCCGUCCCUUCUCUUCAGACAUUUGUGCUAUAUGUCCUUACCUCGAGAGUUUGGUCCCACUUAAGCUUCAACAAGUCGAGUUCAGCACUAGAGUCACAUGCAUCCGCAUCCGCAGACCAAAGGUAUUUUGAAAAAAAAACUUAUAUUUUGAAACAAGAAAAUAUCUUUAAAGCAACUUAUAUAUUAUGAAAAUAUGUUUUAGAGCUUGUCAAGUGCAUCUCUUAGUUAUUUAAAAUAUUUUAUUCGUCUUAUUCGUAGGAUGAGAUUCAAUCAAGAAGAGCUGGCGAGUUUCUCCGUAAGGGAAUAUGUGAGAGAAUCUUUCAUAUGUUUUUAAGUACAUCAUGAACAUUUACGUAUGGCUUUUGAUCAUGCGGUUUGUUAUUUGUAUGUAACAUAACAGAUGUAGGCGCUUCAUUAUGGAAGAACAAGUGGAUUGCUAUGUAUUUGAUCAUGUGUUGCUUCGGCACUCGUGGUGCUGUGUUUCGUGCAGCUAUGCUACUACUUGUCUGUUUGAUAUCUCGUUCUGGUUAUUUACUAUACAUCAUCGUGGUAUGUUCUCAUCUAUUGAUUGUUGAAACUAUAUAUAAAGAGCAUUUGAUGAGUAUUUGGGAUCAUUUAUCUAUGUUUGUUUGAACAUUUACAGUUUAUAGUUCUGUUGAGGAUCUAUGCUAUCAUUAUAUGUGGGGUAACUUCUUUUCUCUCAACAAUCUUGUGAGUUCUUUAAUUUCAUUGUCCUCUGCUUUGUAACUUUGAUACUCCAUAUCAUAUGGUAUCUCCUUCUUUUGCAGGUUAUAAUGUGUUCUCUUCUCAUAUUGAACAGAAGCGAAGCAUUACUAUAUGUUAUUCGGUGCCUUUCUAAGUUGAUAGAGUUCGAUUUUGCUUAAAAGCUAACAGUGUUUGUUGGAAGCUUACAUUUCAUUUUGUUAACUUUCUCUUGUUUAUUAUUUAUAGAUCUUACUUUCUGUGAAAUAUUUGUGUUCUCAUCACAAUAACAAUUCGUUUCCUAUCCAUGGACGUUCUCUCUUUAAAAAUAAAAUAAAGAACCUUCUUGACGAAACAUCAGUUCUUUAUGCUUCAGUUUAUUAAAUCUCUAUUAAAAAAUUCAUAACGAAGCAAAUAACAUACAAGUAAGUCACCAUCAUCGUAUUAUACAACAAACCUACAUUAAUCAUGGAUAAAAAAAAGAUGGUGGAGCUGGGUGACAAUUUCUCCUCAAAAUUAUUCCAAACCCAAAAAUAUAUAAACAUUUAAUAAUUUUCUUGUCGUCAACAAUUAGGUAAAGUUUAAUCAUCAACCAGUACAAUCAUUUAUAUAUCUUUAUGAUUGAUUUAUUAAUCAAUUUUUCAUUUGUUACUAUUUGACAAAGUACACAUGUAGGCUCAUGAUAUGAUACAUGAUGUCACAUAACUAUAGUAAAUUCUAUAUUAGGUACAACAUAGUCAACAACCACUAUCGAAUGCAAUUUCAUAUUGGUUCAACCGCAAUCUCACCCAACUCUACGUCUAGUACAUAUAUAUACAUGCUAACAUAUAGUACUAGGACACAACUUAAAACACACUAAGUCGAUUUUUACUUUACAUAUAAUUAUGUCGGAACAAACGUACAUGUACGCCUACGUAACGCUGCCUCAUCAUGACCAGAGCGAAUGGUACUCACAGAAAUGUUACAGGGACGGAAGACGGGUGGUGUUGGCAAGCUAUGACUUGAAGGGACCAGGGAGAUUCAGUUUCAAAGAGAAGCUUAGGAAGUCGGCUAAAGGAAUGAACGAGGCGGCUGAGCAGUGGGUUUCAGAAGUACGGAGAGGUACGACCAAAAGACGUUUUGCGAUCAGAGUUUUAAGGACAAAACUUGGCUUCUAUUCUUUCUUCCUUCGUAGUGUCGGAUGUAUUACGUCUUGUUUAGGCCAUAGAGAUGUUUUCGUGAAGUAAUUAAACAAACCCUAAAGCAUUUAUCUACACAGGUAAGUAUUUAAUUUCAUAUAUAUACACAGUGUGUGUUUUCAAAGGAGAGUUUCGUGUGUAUACUUCAGUAUUUAACUUGGAAACUUUGUGAGUGAUUUACGGUUUGGAUGGUCUUGCAACUUAUUGUAUGUAUGUAUAUAUGUAAUCAAAACCAUUUAUGGAGUUGAGAAUUAUAGCUAACAUUUUUAGAACAAUUAUAGCUAAAUUUUUGUGCUACACUGAUUUUACUAGUUAAUUGUGUCCAAUAGAAUUAAACAUUUUUAGAACUAUUAUAGCUAAAUUUUUUGUACUACACUGAUUUCUGUUAUCAACAAAAGUCAAACAAGAAUGAUAAAUUUAGUCUCAGUGCAGUCGACAUCACUACGUCCACUUUUAUACAAUGUUAAUUUUGCCUCAAAACAAAAUUGAUUCACACCUAAGUUCACGGCGUCAGUCAUAUCUCUUCUUCUGUUGUUUUCAAUAACCUGCGAAAGUCUAUCUCUUCCGAUCACGUCGAAAGUCUAACCACACAAUGAUUUUGUAACGAUGUACUUCAAUUACUAAUCCGUUACUAAUAAUUAUAUGUUUCUUUAAUUCUCAUUUUCACACUAAUUUUCCAAAUAUUACCAUAGAUUAUGCAAAUGAUUUCAUUGAACAUAAAUAUACAACUUCUCUCAACUCACACGCAAAAAAUAAAAUUACUUAAGUAGAAAGUGUAGAUAAAUAAAUUUUCAAAAAAUGUUCACCAUAUUUGUAUCCAGACAAAGAAUAAAAUGAAAACAAAAUCAAACAAAAUUACCAAUGAAAUCUAACAAGAACAAUUGUGUGUUUACGCAUAACAAACCAUAUGAUCAUCUAAAAUAAUGAAAUCAACCAAUUGGAAGCAGAAGGUUUAAGAAAUUGCAGAAAACAACUUGGAAAUACAUGUGAUACAUCUUUUACAAAAUAAAAUAAAAUACAUGUGAUACAUGAAAUGAUAGGAAAUCACGAGAGCGAAUUAUGAAGUAGCUGGAUAAUAGGUGACAGGUGAUGAUGAUCACUUUGGGAGGAUAAUAGGAAAAGAGAACAAAAUAUUGGUGCAACAGAAUACGAUAAAGGAAAAAUAGAAAAUGGGUUCAAACUAAAAAGGGUCCAAACAAACAAUUGUAAUACACCACAAAUAUGAUUUAACUUUAUCCAAAGAGGAAAAAAACUCAUUGUACACCAUUAGAAUAUAAAACAAAUGUUUUUCAAAAUAAAAGAUAUCAAACUAAAAGAAGGGCAAAAUGAUUGAAAAAGAGAUAGGUAAUAUAUUGAGCACACACAUACAAAUCAAAAGAAUCGUACAAAAACUGAUAACACCGAAUUAAAAUGCCAAUGAAAACCAAAAAUCAACUAAACCCAAAAAACUACAAACAAAGCCUGCGGGGUAAUAAUGAGAAGGAACCUCCGUAAUCAGUUACAUAAUAAGCAACCAUAGAGGUAGGGAUGAGCAAGAUAAUGGAACAUGUACCAUAAGGUUACAACUAAGCAGCCGAACAAAAGUACAGUAUAGUGUAGAGUCUAGAAACUAAAUCAGUAACAGCCAGAUAUACAUCUAAAUAUGUUUUGGAGUUUACAAAACAUUAUGAUUAAACACACACAAGAUAAUUGGUUUUAAAUGGGCACAUCCUCUCUUUUUCCCAUUACAAAGGGGAAUCACCUCAAUUCCCAUAGAUUAUAAAACAAAAAAAAAAUGGAGAAGUGGAGAACGCCUCUUACAAACGAGGAAGACCAACAACAAGAGCACACAGAAAAGCACAAGAAAAAAAGCGAACAAGUUCUCUUAUUGAGAAAAUAUAACAAUAACAUAACGAAACGAGAACCAAUACCAACAGACUACCUCCGGUUAAUUUUGAUGUGUCUACUUGUUUUUUUUUCAUCCACCACUUGUGUGUCGUCGUCCUUAAUCCCUCGAUAGUGAAUGAACUCAUCAAAAUGUAACCAACUAUAAGGACAACUAUAUGCAGUGUUUUUAAAACCGAACCGAUCUGAUGGUUAGACCGGUUCAACCAUGAACUGGUUACAUAAUCGGAUUGGAUCUAAUCAUGAACCGUUCACAUAACCGGAUUAGAUCUCAUAUUUAUUAAAUCGAUAAAAACUAUUAAAACUAUUAAAAAUCUAUAAACUAUCUGUAUAAACAUAAAACUAGUGUAUAUUUAUAUUGUCUUAUGUUUUAAAUUUGUUUUUAAUUUAAUUAUAUAUCAUAUUUAGUAACAUUACUUUUAAAAUUUUAAAAUAAAAGUAUAUUAAACUAGAUUAUUUGAUCCGAUCGAACUAUAUUGAACCAUGACCCAAAAAAUUAUUCGGUUCAGUUUUUGGUACAGUUUUAAAAACGCUAGUUUAGUGCUUCGAUAGGGUAGGAUAAUCGUUUCUAAUGAGCUGCUAAUUGUUCUUUACUUACCUAAGUAUAGUAUCUGGGGCCCAAAUAGUGCUUAUAUUGGGCUGGGUAAACAUCCAAAAGUCCGUAUUUUAUGAUUUUCUUUGAAUGCUAGGGUUUUUGCAUCUUGCCCCUGUCUUAUAUAUAAAAACCUUUCUCUAUCUCCCACUUCUGUCAACUUAAGCUAGUUUUG